AUGACAUCACAGAAGCUAUCGUGCCGUGCUGCCGACAAUAUUCUUGACCUUAUGGACAAGGUUCGUGCCGCAUUAGUACCACUGCGCGGCCAAGAGUACGCCGAAUUGGCCGCUUUCGAAAGCUGUAUGCUAAACUGGGAAGCCUUGAUCAAACUUAACCGUGCCGUGCUGUUAGAACAGUCACGCUCAUUUUCACAACGUUCGACCGGUAAUUUGAAUCGUCUGAACAAACGUGCCAGUAUGUAUCAUGUACAACAUUCUCCAUCAGCGUUGAGCGAUGAGCUAGAUGAACCUGUGUUUGAAAAUGACAGUGGUAUUGACUCGAUGAGACAAAACUUCUCACCGUACCGGAACGAUGGCAUGGGAGGUGAUGUGAAUGGAUUUAAGGGGGAUAACGGCCAAUAUAAACUUGAGAACGCCCAAUACAAGCGUGAAAACGGCUUUUAUCAACCCGCCAACCCAAGUCAAGCCGGCUACAAUAUCCAGAACGGAAGCUACAGCACCAAGAACGGCCAAAGCUACCUUACCAAGCCAGAGAACGGCUAUAUUAAUCAACAACAGGGUUACACAAGCCAACAAAAUCUACCCUACAAUAACAUCAGUACCAUAUCUUCUCCGUACUCUCCACAAACUCAACAAUACCACCAAAAUCUACCUAACACAACAUCUUACAGCCAUCGUCAAGACUCCAGCUACGGUGGAACGGCCAGUCGCGGCCCAGCCCAACGUCGUUUUAAACAAUUCAAAGAGCGAAGAAAGAGUUUGGGUAUCGUACUCGAUUCGGAUUACGACCGCUUCUUUGGUGCUUAUAACGAAGGUACCAGUUUGUCAAGACAACCAUCUACAGUUGGAUCGUCGCCGGAUACACAAAGAAAGGAAUCCACUGCUACUGGAAACUAUGAGCUGGAUUUGUGCUUGGAGCAUCAUACUAAGCAUUCACUUGAAGUUUUGAGUGAAUUGAAGAAACAAAAAGGACCUUUUGAGUACCAAUUGGGGUUGUUGUUGAAUCAAAUAGAACUGAACACAUUAGCGUUGGAUGAGAUGUUGAAGAUUGCGGAGCAAUUGCCGAGUCCUAUUAAUAUUGGAACACGUAAGUUAAAAUGGAAAAAUAAAAAAAGGUAGAAUAUGGAUCCAUUUCUAAGCAGAUGUAACCAUUUCUAAAAAGAUGAAAUUAUUUCUAAAUAUGAUAGAUAUGCCCAUUUUUCUUAUCCUUCUAUACGACCUUACCCUAGUAUUACCUAAAAUAAUAUAAAAAUCUCAUGUACACCUCCAAUAAACCUAGAUGAACACUUCUAGAAGCAUAAUUAUAUCAAGACCCUAUUCAUUUCCCCUUCAAAUCUGUUCUGUAGAUCCAUAUUAAUCUAAAAAUUCAAAAAAACAAUGAAAUCGCGUCCGGACAACUGGGCCGAUCGGACAACUGGGCCGGUUCCAACUGGGCCGAUUCCAACUGGGCCGAUUUGCCUUAUAGUAUGUCCGGGCUAUAUAUUCUUAAUAAUAUCGUAGUAAACUGCAAUGUUAAGUGUUAAAUACCACAGUAAAGUCGUAUUUACCUUAAGAUAUUUAUAUAUACCAUAGUAAAUGAUGGUAUAUUUGCAAAAAAAUAUUAAAUAUUUGUAAUAUAUAAUAGUUCUAUAUAAUUUUAGUAACAUAUUACUAUGUAAGUGACUUUUAAAGUAAAGCCAUGAUUUUACUACAUAUAUAUACCAUGGUAAGUCAUGGUAUCUUGGCAAAAGUUAACUAAAUUAAAUGUGGCGGAAGCUUUAGGGGAUUCGGCGGAGGGUCGGCGGAGGCUUUAGGGAAUUCGGCGAAGAGUCGGCGGAGAGCCGGCGGAGAGUCGGCGGAGGCUUUAGGGGAUUCUGCGGAGGUUGUUAUGAAUUUGGGGAAGGCUUUAGGGUCUCUACCCGACCUUACCUCUAAACGUUUUAGCAGUACACAACUUUACCCUUGCCCCUUUUAUCCUACCCAGCUAUAUCAUACCCAUCUUACAUAAUAUACCAUACAAAGUCCUGUGCAAUAUCCUAUCCUAUCUACCAUACCAAACCCUACAAUACCUUAACAUAUUAUAAAAUGCCAUACUCUACCAUACAAUACCACGCCAUACCUUCCAUAUCAUAUUAUACCAUACCAUACAAUACCAUAUCUUACCAUACCAUAACAUACUAUGCCAUGCUCUAUACUAUCUACCAUACCAUACCUUACAAUACCAUACAAAACUGUACUAUACCUUACCUUAUUCAAUCCUAUACAACACUAUCGUGUACUAUCCAUGAGUAAGGUAGGGUAUGUAAGUAAAACAAGGUAAAUGGUAUAAUAUAGUCAGGUAUAGUAUGACAUAUUAAGGUAUAAUAUGGCAGGUUAUAUAAGGGUGUAGUAGAUAUCCUAAAGCCUCCGCCGACUCUCCGCCGAACCCCCUGAAGCCUCCGCCGACUCUCCGCCGAAUAACCCUAAAGCUUCCGCCGACCCUACGCCGAAUCCCCUAAAGCCUCUGCCGACCCUCCGCCGAAUCCCCUAAAGUCUCCGCCGAAUAACCCUAAAGUCUCCGCCGACUCUUCGCCGAAUUCCCUAAAGCCUCCGCCGACCCUCCGCCGAAUCCCCUAAAGCCUCCGCCGACUCUCCGCCGAAUACCUUAAAGCUUCCGCCACAUUUAGUUUAGUCAACUUUUGCCAAGAUACCAUGACUUACCAUGGUAUAUAUAUGUAGUAAAAUCAUGGCUUUACUUUAAAAGUCACUUACAUAGUAAUAUGUUACUAAAAUUAUAUAGAACUAUUAUAUAUUACAAAUAUUUAAUAUUGUUUUGCAAAUAUACCAUCAUUUACUAUGGUAUAUAUAAAUAUCGUAAGGUAGAUACGACUUUACUGUGGUAUUUAACACUUAACAUUGCAGUUUACUACGAUAUUAUUAAGAAUAUAUAGCCCGGACAUACUAUAAGGCAAAUCGGCCCAGUUGGAAUCGGCCCACUUGGAACCGGCCCAGUUGUCCGAUCGGCCCAGUUAUCCGUGCGCCAAUGAAAUAACUUAACGAAUUUUUCGUGAAAUCGAGGCCAAGCCGUUUUCAAUCGUCCAUAACCUUUGCUACUCUUUUCCAUUUCUAAUUUAUAUUCAAAUUCCAUAAACACAAACUUGAAUCUUUGAUAUUGAAGCCUUCUGUCACGUUUUGAAUCCAAUAUUGUGCCUAUAUUAACAAAAAAAACACAAAUCUUAUCUAUUACCAAAGUUAAUCCCUUUUUUAUCGAGUUUUUGCCAUUUUAAAACAAAUAUUCUUGUUGAAGUUGAUCAAAAAAGGUUGUAAGAACAUGUAAAGUUUAUAAUCUACCCAAUAAACUUACAAAAUAUCGAUGUAUUUACUGAAAAAUACAUCAAAAAAUCGAUAAUUCCACAAACACUGAAUAAUCAAGAAAAACGAAUUUUUAAACGAAUUUUUGCCGCGUUUUUCGUUGAUUUCUUGAAUGUAACAAAACAAAUAGCCUUAACUUUUCAAUAAUUUCUUUCUAAACAUAAUAAAUUACUAAUUUAUAUUAUUUUAGUCCUCCGAGAACUAUCCGCGACACCAGAUCAACAAGAUGUUUGGAUUGGCACAGCCCGCGCAGUUCAACAGACGAUUUUGGUGCCAGCUGAAAGAUUGCGAAUGAAUUUGAUCUCAUUUAUGACUCCAAUUGUGGAGAACUGUUACCCAAAUUUGGUCGAAAGAGUUGCGGAUUCAUUGAUGGCUUUGAUUAGCAACAGCAAGGAUAACAUGAUCAGUGUUUUUGAAUUUACUGCACUGUUUCAAGGCAAAUUGAUGGGGCCGUUUGUAGAGAAUUUGGCACAUGAAGGUAAGGGUUGGAGAUCAUUUUUUUAUAAAGUGCAAAAUAGCAAGAACUUUGUUUACAAAACGAAAAAUAGCAAGAACUUUCUUUAAAAAACAAGAAAUGACAAGAACUUUGUUGACAAAACAGAAAACGGCAAAAACUUUGUUUCCAAAACUUAUAAAAAAUUUAUUUUUUAAUUUUAGCAUUCAUAACAUCUUCAUUGGAAUCAAAGAACAUUAAUCUGAUCCGUGAUGUUAUGGAUCGAUUAAAGAAGGUACCAAUAGUACCACCUUUGGAAAGCCUGCGAUUUGUGGCAAAGGUACUAUUGACUGAUAGCCAGGACUGUUGUAAUGCUGUUGGUAAGUUUUUUUAAUUACUCUCUAACUUACCCUAGCUCAUUCUAUCUUACCCUACCUUUACCCUAACCUCUAUUUUUCUUAUAGCCCUACCAAUGUCUUACUUUAUCUUACCUUACUGUAUAUGUAACGUACUGUGUUAUAAAAGCCUUACUAAUCAAGUUGCAUUUUAGAAAGAUACCUAAACUACGCCUCAGGAGGGUUGAAAAUCGAUUUGGCAGCUAGCUUCUGUAGUUUAUUGGAACAUAAACAGCUUGAAUCGAGGAUGGGAGCUUGUCGAGCGUUGUCUAUUUUGAAGGUAGGUUAAAGUGUACCUUAAACUGCAUUCAUAACAAUUUUUUUUAUCUAUAUCAAGUGUUUUACCUCUAGUACAACAUGGUGAAUAUAUGGAAUUUACUAUUUAAAAAAGGUUUACCGUAACGUUUUAGCAAGACAACACUUUGGAGCUCCUGGACUGCGUAGCCAAACAAGACGAGGAUCCUAACGUUCGAAAAGAAGCCCUAGAGGCAUUCGAAUCGAUCCAACGGUUUUUCGGUGAUUACAACGAAGAAAUAACUAAAAUAUAA